UUGAAGAAACGUCUUCAGUUUUUAAUUAAUUUUCGGCUUUACGUUUGAUUUUAUUUUUGUUUCGUUUAUUUCGUUUUAAUUCUGAGUUUUUAUUCAUUUUCCAAAAUAAAACGUUAUAAAUUUUGUUUGCUUUGAUGUCUUUUUCAAUUUUCGUUAUCUAAAAAUAGUUUUUUGUAACAAAUUGUGAUCGAUUUUCCUUUAGAAGAAAUAAAAAGAAAAAUCAAACAAACUUUUCCAAAUUGCUUCUGUUAAUAAAAAAAAUAAUAAAACGGAAAACAAUACUUCUGCAAGAAGUAGCAACAGUUGCUUUAAAGGGUCUUCAAAUUUGAGAAAGCUCAUUUUAUUUUAAAACUUUUUUUUUAUAUAUUUGUAUAAAGAAAUAAAUAACACGAAAGUAAACAGACAGUAUUAUCUUUGAAUUAAUUUUUUAAUUAAGUGUUUUAAGAUCCAAAAAGUAAAUUUAUAUUUUCGUUCAUAGAACUUAAAGACAAUCGAAUAUUUCUUUUAUUAAAUUGUGUUCUUUUACCCUUAAACAACAGUUAGUUUGUUUUAAAUUACUUUGACAGUUUAAAUCGAAUUCAAAAUAUUUGUUAUUCCAAUUUCUCUUAAUUUAACAUCAAUUAAUUUCUAAAUGAUGACUACCAGCUCAUCAACGGGCAACACAAUGGUUGAGGGUCAACAACAACAAAAUGGAGGAGCUGCUACCGCUCAAAAUACACAAAAUAACAAUAAUCCCAAUGCGAAUAACAACAACAAUGACACUGACCCAAAAACUAAUUUAAUUGUCAACUAUUUGCCACAAACCAUGUCUCAAGAGGACAUUCGUGCUCUCUUUGUUACUUUCGGCGAAGUAGAAUCUUGUAAAUUAAUUAGGGACAAAGUAACAGGUCAAAGUCUUGGAUAUGGAUUUGUCAACUAUGUUAAACAGGAAGACGCAGAAAAGGCCAUCAGUUCAUUAAACGGUUUACGUUUGCAAAAUAAAACGAUUAAGGUGUCUAUUGCCCGUCCCAGUUCUGAAUCAAUUAAAGGUGCUAAUUUAUAUGUAUCUGGUCUUCCCAAAAACAUGACACAACCAGAUUUGGAGCAAUUAUUUAGUCCAUAUGGAAAAAUAAUUACCUCAAGAAUAUUAUGUGACAAUAUAACGGCCGGACCUAUUGAUCAGGGUCUUUCAAAGGGGGUUGGUUUUAUACGGUUUGACCAACGCCAUGAAGCCGAUCAAGCUAUUAAAGCUUUAAAUGGUACUAUACCAAAAAAUGCCACCGAACCGAUUGUGGUGAAAUUUGCGAAUAAUCCUAGCAAUAAUAAAGCCUUCCAACCAUUGACGGCAUAUUUAACACCACAGAAUCCCAGAACUCGAGGAUUUCCAACUGGUGCAGCUGGAGCGGCAGCAGCUGCUGCAGCAGCAGCCAUACAUCCAACAGCGGCUGGAAGAUAUAGUUCUGUUAUUUCCCGAUAUUCACCGUUAACCGGUGAUAUUUUGGCGAAUACCAUGUUGCCAGGUAAUCCCAUCAAUGGCUCUGGUUGGUGUAUUUUCGUGUAUAAUUUGGCUCAAGAAACUGAAGAAAAUGUUUUAUGGCAAUUGUUCGGACCCUUUGGUGCCGUGCAAUCCGUUAAGGUCAUACGUGAUUUGCAGACGAAUAAAUGUAAGGGUUUUGGUUUUGUCACUAUGACCAAUUAUGAAGAAGCUGUUCUUGCAAUACAAUCAUUGAAUGGUUAUACGUUGGGCAAUCGUGUAUUACAAGUUAGUUUUAAGACAAACAAAACUAAACAAACGUAAUUAUUAACAAAAUUGACUGCUGUUGUUACCCACACGACCACUACCUUGGCAUCAACAUUUAAUAAAACCCUAAAUAAUAAAAUAAAUAUGACAACCUCCUCCUCUACUAACCUGACCACCGCAAAAAGUAAUGAUUUG